GCGGCGGCGGCGGCACCUGGCGGAGCGCGCGCGCCCGGGUCUCCGUUCCAGGCCGCCACCUCGGCCGGCGCCGCGCGGGCUCCGGGCUCUGCAUGCGGCCGGCCUCGGGGCUGCGGAGCCCGUCCCGCGGCUCCUGCAAUGUCGGUGGUGGAGGAGGCUGCGGCGAGAGGUAAUGUAUGGAUAGAAGACAACCAGUUCAUUGCUCCGAUGGUUUCCAAUCAUAUGAGCACAUGGGCAAAACCAAUAACGGUUGGAUCCUUCAGCCCACACGUGAGAGAGUUCCCAAGAAAACGAAAAGAAAGUGAUUUGGAUCUAUCCCAAAUGGAAGAUGGUCAACAAGUAAAAAUGAAGCCCUUCAGCGAAGCUCACAGCAAAACUGAAAAGCGGAGGAGAGAUAAAAUGAACAACCUGAUUGAGGAACUGUCUGCGAUGAUUCCCCAGUGCAAGCCCUUGGCACGGAAGCUGGACAAGCUGACCGUUUUAAGAAUGGCCGUUCAGCACUUGAAGUCUCUGAAAGGUAUGACAAAUUCUUAUGCAGGAGAUAUUUACCGACCUUCAUUUAUUCAGGAUAAUGAGCUCAGACACCUAGUCCUUAAGACUGCAGAAGGCUUCCUGUUUGUGGUUGGUUGUGAAAGAGGAAAAAUUCUCUUCGUUUCUAAGUCAGUCUCCAAAAUACUUAAUUAUGAUCAGGCCAGUUUGACUGGACAGAGCUUAUUUGACUUCUUACAUCCAAAAGAUGUUGCCAAAGUAAAGGAACAGCUGUCUUCUGACAUUUCACCAAGAGAGAAGUUAAUAGAUGCCAAAACGGGUUUGCAGGUUCACAGUAAUUUCCAUAGCAGACGGACUCGCGUGUGCUCUGGCUCCAGACGGUCCUUUUUCUGUCGGAUAAAGAGCUGUAAAGUCUCAGUCAAAGAAGAGCACGAUGGCUCGCCAGACGCAACGAAGAAAGAUCAUAGGAAGUUCUGCACUGUCCACUGCACUGGGUACUUGAGAAGCUGGCCUACAAGUAUUAUUGGAAUGGAAGAAGAGAGGGACAAUAAGGAAGACAGCAGUUUCACUUGCCUUGUUGCCAUUGGGAGAUUAUAUCCACAUACCGUCCCACAGAACAGCGGCGAGGUUAAAGUGAAACCAACUGAAUUUAUAACCCGUUUUGCAGUGAAUGGGAAAAUUGUCUAUGUGGACCAAAGGGCAACAACAAUUUUAGGAUAUCUGCCUCAGGAACUUCUGGGAACUUCUUGUUAUGAGUAUUUUCAUCAAGAUGACCGUAAUAAUUUGACUAACAAGCACAAAGCAGUUCUACAGAGUAAAGAGAAAAUAUUUACAGAUUCAUACAAAUUCAGAGCAAAAGAUGGCUCUUUUGUAACUUUAAAAAGCCAGUGGUUUAGUUUCACAAAUCCUUGGACCAAAGAACUGGAAUAUAUUGUGUCUGUCAACACUUUAGUUUUGGGACACAGCGAUACCGGAGGAGCAUCGUCACUUCCUUACAGCUCUCAAUCGUUGGAAGAGUCCUGUGUCGGUGUGCCUGGACUGUGCACCGGCACGGUGCUUGGUGCCGGCAGUAUCGGCACAGAUAUUGCAAAUGAAGCUCUGGACUUACAAAGGUUACAGUUUUCUUCAUCCUUUGGUGACUCAAGUCCAACAGAUUCAGUGAAAGAUACUCAACCUAUAAACUGCAGGAAUGUGUCAAACAAGGAGUCAUAUCCACUAAAUCCGUACGAAAUGUGGGAGCUAGAAGCCACAAGGCAAAACCACAGCCCUGUUGCUCCCCCCAGUCACGAGCCACUCCUAGGCGGUGGUGCCCAGUUGGAUUUUGAUGCCCUGUGUGGCAAUGACGACACAGCCAUAGCUGCCUUCAUGAAUUACUUAGAAGUAGAGGGGGGCCUGGGAGACCCCGAAGGCUUCAGCGACAUCCCCUGGACCCUGUAGCAUUUGACUUUUAACUCCAAAAAUGAGGAAUGUUUUACAGUAUUUCCUUUACAAAGAACUGUAUGUUCCUCUGUACUGUAUUGAUACUCUUUUUAUCCUUUAUUCUUAUGAAGGUUCUACCAAUUUUUAUAGAUUUGCACCCACUUUCACAGGGGUCUGGGGAAAUGUGAUGUUUUUCUUCAAAUAGAACUGCUCAGAAUUUUCUACAGACCCCUUUACUCAGCGAACUGGUUUUAAACUCACUAGCUGCUAUUUUUUGCUAAACUAUUUCUGACCAAGAGUAUCAAUUAUACAUCUUGCUUUGGUUUUGUUUUUAUUUAUUUUUUAUGAAGUUUUUUUGAAUUUGAGAAAUUUAAUAUGUUGACAAUUUUUUUUGGUCUCAAGAUUCAUUUAAUUGACUUAUAAUAGUAGAUUUGUGUGAUUUGGAACAUUUCCAUUUCUUGUAUAUUUUCUUAAUCGAGGACAGGGCUUAUGUCUUUUUUAAGAAAACAGUGAGUACUUGAACACUUAAAGGGACAAUGCAAUUUAUAGUCAUGAUCACAGUGACUUCUAUGUUCAGUCUUUCAGACUUGGGCAAGCACAGAGCCAGGAUAUAUUUAUGCCCAGUUGAGCACUUUUAGGUGGAGGUUAAAUGAGAUGACUUUUAUUUAAAACUCAGAAAAACAAAAGUUUGCUUACAGAACAGGAAAGGUUCUGGGCCAUAGAUGUUGGUGAUUAAUUUUUGUAUGUUUAAUCUUAAUGUAACCACUCAAGAUAUACAGAUAGAACAGGUUUUCUAUGUUGAAAUGGUAUGUAGUAACCGAUUAUCUUAGAGGAAGAAACAGUCCCAGGCAGAUUAAAUGUUUUGUGUAAAGACAAUUAAAUUCAUAUGUUUUUUAAUGUGUA